UAUCUCUAUUACCCUCUGCUGCUGAAAUUGUUUCAUUAGUUGUUGGUAACGACCCAUCCGUUCAACUUGUCGGGAGAAGCCAUGAAGAUGAUUAUCCUCCCUUUGUGACUUCCUUACCGAUUCUUACUGCACCAAAAACUAAAUUUACCACGUCCGCCGAUGUUGAUGCGCAAGUAUCCAGGUUUCUCGCUGAAGGAAAUAGCCUUUAUAUCUUGGAUACUGUUUUAUUGAAAAACUUAAGACCAGAUAUUGUUAUAACGCAGGAUCUAUGCAAUGUUUGUUCUAUUGAUCUAGUUACAGUACAGCGCGUUGCAAAGCAAAUUGAUCCAGAACCUACUAUUGUGACGCUAAAUCCUUUGUCUAUAGAGGACGUUAUAUCAUCAAUUUCUGAUAUUGGAAAAGCAUUAGGGAUGAUUGAGGAAUCAUCCAAAGCGAUAUCAAUGCUUAGAUCACGCAUUAAUCGUGCACGGGAUCUAGCUAACCAAAGUAUUGCAUCAGGUAGAAAGCGCUCAAAAGUGGCAUUUUUUGAAUGGACAUCGCCUAUAUACCUUGGUGGUCAUUGGACUCCGCAAUUGAUUCAUUGCAAAGAUGGCAACACCGCUGAGAUGGGUGCGCCACCUUCGGUUCGUGUUCCUCCAGAGGACAUCAUACGUGAAAAACCUGAGAUUCUUAUAGUCUGUCCGUGCGGGCUUAGUCUUGAUGAUACUAGAAGAGAGUAUGAAGAAACAUUGUUGCCUUCAGAUUGGUGGUCUCCACUUGCUAAAUAUGCUUCUAAAAUAGCACUAGUGGACGGAAGUCAGAUGUUUAAUCGUUCAGGACCUCGCUUAGUCGACGCACUUGAAUGGUUGGUUGGAUAUAUUAACGAUAUUCCAGAAGUAAUUCCUGAAAAUUUUCCCUGGAAAAAUUUGAAGUC